UAUAUCACUUUUUAGCAGAUUCAAUAAUGAAGAUUUAUAUAAAAAACAUCUCUUAACAAAUAAAAAUAUAUUAUGAUCCAAUAUGGAAUUGGACUCUAACCUCUAUGCUACAAAACUAGAGAGAAAUCAUUGCACUACCGAUUUAAUUUAAGUAGACAAAUAAGUAAAAUUUUAUUAAAUAGCCGAUUGAAAAAAGGAAAAAUUCAAGAAAGGGAAAAAAAAUUUGCUACACCAAAGAAUCGAACCAUUGCCUUGAAGGCUAAAAGCUGCUGCCAAACCACUGUGCCAACGUAUGUAUUGUGUACUUGUUAUCUACAUCGUUUUAUAUAUACAAAUUUGCGCCUCCAAUAAUAUUUACCCUAACCAAAGCAAGUCUGGAUACAUUAUCGUCACUCCAAAUCACCGCCGAGGACCGCCGCCACCGCAACGACGCACACCGAGGCACAACGCGCAUGUUUCCCCGUGCGGGCAGCAGCAGCUCAGGGAUCCCUAAGGCUCCCUAUCCAGGCUCCAGCGCGGCGGGUCAAGCUCCAAGUAAUCCUCCAUCGCGACUCCAUGUCUAGGCUCCAGUGCAGUAGGUCGAGCUCCAAGUAAUCCUCCUUCGAGGCUCCCUAUCCAAGCUCCAGCGCUGUCCAAGGUGAUGGACCGAAGUUGGAUGAGAAAAGCAAAACAGGACACUGCAUAUAAAGAUGGUGUUGAGCACUUUUUGGCUUUUGCUUACCGCGACAUUCCACAAGAUAGUGAGAUACUUUGUCCAUGCAAAAAAUGCAAAAAUAGAUUAAACCUGAGUCAAGAUGAAGUCAGGACGCAUCUGAGAUGUGAUGGUAUUCUUCAAGGUUAUACUACAUGGGUUCAUCACGGUGAGCAUUAUGAAAGACCAACAAAUGCAUUUGUUGAUGUACCAAAUAUGACUCGAAUUUUGGGUACUUCGGGUCCCGUACAAGAUGGCCAGCAUGGUGAAUCAGAUAGCAUGCAAGAAUUGUUAUAGGCUGCAUUGGGAAGGGAUGCAAGUAUGUCUGAAGGUGGAAUAGAUGAUUUUAAUUCAGGAUAUGCAGAUAUGGAACAUAAUGUCUCCGAGAAUCAUGUGAAUGCAGCAGAAGGUGAUGCAUCCGGGGAGGAACAGAAUAUAUAUGCGAAGUUCUUGAAGGAUGCACACACAAGGUUAUACCCUAGAUGUAAAUAUUCUAGUCUGUCAUUUUUGGUCCACUUAUAUCACUUGAAGUGCUUACAUGGCUGGUCACAAGAAUCAUUUACAGCUCUAAUGGGGCUACUAUCUGCUUCCCUGCCUCCUGAAGCAAAUCUUCCAAAGACAUAUUAUCAAGCGAAGAAAAUCAUCAGUGAGCUAGGUCUUCAUUAUGUGAAAAUCCAUGCUUGCCCCAAGGAUUGCAUGCUUUUUCGAGGUGAUUAUGAAAAAAAAUGAUUUUUGUCAUGUGUGCAAGAGCUCUCGUUGGAAAGUUGAUGAGAAGAAGGCCUCUAAAGGUAAACGGAAGGAAAGAAGACCGGCAAAAGUGUUGCGUUAUUUUCCAUUGGUACCUAGGAUCCAAAGGUUAUUUUCAACCACCAUAACUUCAGAUGACAUGAGAUGGCAUGAAGAGGGUCGUGUCAAGGAUGGAAAACUACGACAUCCUGCAGAUGGUGAAGCUUGGAAAAAACUUUGAUGGUAGACAUGAUGAUUUUGCUAAGGAUGCUCGAAAUGUACGCCUUGGUCUUGCAAGUGAUGGAUUUAACCCUUUUGGGAACAAGAAUUUGAAGCACAGUACAUGGCCAGUAAUGCUCGUUCCCUACAACCUACCACCUUGGAUCUGCAUGAAGCAAACAUCUUUAAUGUUGUCAAUGAUCAUCCCCGGACUAGAUUCUCCAGGUAAUGAUAUUGAUGUAUAUUUGGAGCCUUUGAUCGAUGAUCUCUUAGAGUUGUGGAAGGGAGUGGAAACAUUUGAUGCCUCAUCAAAAAAGGAAUUUCCACUGCGAGCUGCACAAUUGUGGACUAUAAAUGACUUUCCUGCAUUAGCUUACCUAUAUGGAUGGAGCACAGGUGGUACAUAUGCAUGUCCUUCUUGUGGUCCAGCGACAAAAUCGUUUCACCUGAAGAAAGGUAAAAAGAUGUGCUAUAUGGGCCAUCGUCGAUGGCUGCCACAAGAUCACCGAUACCGAAGGCAAAGGAAACAGUUUGAUGGCAUGGUAGAGACUGGACUUGCACCAGAAACAAUGAGUGGCACUACUGUAUUGGGAAUGUUGGAAGGCAAAGAGUUUGUGUUAGGGAAAAAGGUACCCACAACGAAGCAGUCCAACAAGGAAGUGGAAGUCGAAAGUGUUAAGAAACGCAACCGUAGUAGUGGAGAGAAAAAGAACCAACCAAAUGGGAGCAUUGGUAAGGAGAAGAAGCCAGAGGAUUGGUUGAAAAAGAGGUCAAUUUUCUUUAAGCUACCAUACUGGCAACACAACAAACUAAGACACAAUCUUGAUGUAAUGCAUUUAGAGAAAACUGUGUGUGAGAACUUUAUCGGUACGUUACUGGAUAUUCUUGGUAAAACAAAGGAUGGACUUAAUGCACGACUUGAUUUAGUUGAACUUGGAGUUCGAGAGAAUCUUCACCCUAUUGUAGAUAGUGAAGGAAAGCAAUCAACUCCUAAUGCACCGUUUACCAUGACUAGAGCACAAAAGGAGAUUCUUUGCUCAAUUGCGGCCACCAUCCGUCCUCCCACGCGCUCCCCCUACUCUUGCUAUGUAGAACACCUGCGCACAUCGACAGCCCCUCAGUUCACCACUAUGAUGCUCUUAAAUAAUAUCUGA